GUGGCCGUGGUGCAGUCGAUAUUUAGGUGAGGUUUGCCUACGUGUUGUGUACAAAUAGUGAACACACCAUUUCUCACGGAAUGCUCAAAGUCAUAUGCUUUCGUCAUGUGACUACACACUACAUCAGUUCAACAUGGCGGCCACGUCUGUUUUCCAGAGAGUGAGAACAGGGUCGAAAAUAGGAGCUCAAUAUGAUCAAGAGGGAAAUCUUAUUCAGGUAACAUAGUUUAAUGCUACGCUGUAGUCUUUCGUUUUUCCAAAUAUGGUGCGGUUUGUGUCAUUAUAACAAGACAACAUUGCAAGGUGAACAUGGCUAGGUUUACCAGUUAGCUAGCCAGCUCACUGUUUGCUAGAUAAACCAACUGAUGUUAGCAACUGUGGCUUGCAGGUUGAAACACGGGAGGACGAGGAGCAGAGUGUCAAGCUAGCAGAAAUCCUGGAACUUCUGCUUGCUGCUGGAUACUUUAGAGCCCGUAUCAAAGGACUGGGACCUUUUGACAAGGUGAGACCCAACAACUUACAUAGGGGUGGCCAAGGCCAACCCUCCUCCUUGUUAGCUGCUGACUUUCGAUUCAUGGUAUACCAUCUCCUUGCUACCCAGUAGAUGACACAUCCAUGUUUCUAAUUCCACUUCCCUGAACCAUGUCUUUUAAUAGGUGGUUGGAGGGAUGACAUGGUGCAUCACAACAUGUAACUUCGACAUUGACGUGGAUCUGCUGUUCCAGGAAAAUUCAACUAUUGGACAGAAAAUGUAAGUAGUUCACAGCCAGCAUUAUUGUGUUGACAGUUAGUGAUGUUGCUGGACCAGUUUAACUGAUGUAUAUUGACCUUGUGCAUCUCCUUGCAGAGCUCUCACAGAGAAGAUAGUGUCUGUUCUGCCCAAAAUGAAGUGCCCUCACCGCCUGGAGCCCCAUCAGAUCCAAGGGCUGGAUUUCAUCCAUAUAUUUCCAGUGAUACAGGUGUGCAUUCCUAGACUUUUGAGUUUUGUAGUAGAGUACUGCACUUAGUUUGUGACCUCAUGUCUGAUUCAUUGCCUGUGUUGUAUGAUCUUCAGUGGCUGGUGAAGAGAGCCAUAGAGACGAGAGAGGAGAUGGGAGACUAUGUGAGGGCCUACUCUGUCUCUCAGUUCCAGAAGACACACAGCUUUCCUGAGGUGAGCGCUGUUAUUUUAGGGUGGCUCCAUGGCAGGGAUGUUAAACUCCAGCGCUUCUCAUUACAUUUCUAAGUGCAACAUUCUGAACAUUUCACUAAAUAAACCCCUGUCUCAUGCACCCUGUCUGUGUUGUCCCUCCAUCCUAGGAUGAAGACUUCCUGCAGAGGAAGGAGAAGGCUGUGAAAGCAGUCCUAGAUGUAUCGGUGAGUGACUCGCUAACAUGCCAUUUCUGGGUCAAAUUAUCCCAUGAGCCUUCACAAUACAGGCCCCCCUUGUAAUAGUAUAGAAACAUUAAAAGCACAUAUACAGCAUUUUGUUUUUCUCCUAUGGUAUUGACAGGAAGUGUAUAAACCUCAGAGGAAGUACAAGAGACAGGUUGAAGCAGGAGAGCUGCUGGAUGAGGAGUCCAGGGUUCACUCCACCCUGCUGGAGUACGGAAGGUAGGCUAGCUCUCUACCUCACUCUUUCUUUCUUUCUUUCUCGCUCUCAUUCUCCGUAUUCAGUCCUUCAUAUCCAACUUUCUCCACAGUUCAUGUUAUGUUCACAUUGAUAAUCAGAACCAAUGUGAUCUCAUCCCAUUUGAUAAAUGUGUUCCUUCCAUUUUCCUAUCCUUUUCCUGCUUAUCAUCCAUCCUUGUAUUAGAAUGUCAGAUUACCUUCUGUAAGUAUGUGAAUGGACUCGUUCACUGCAAGGAGUGUUUUUCACAUAAAUGCUUGUUAUGUGUGUGUUUGAAUACAGAAGAGAGUACAAAACACUUAAAAUAAGCAUGUAGUUUGUGUGUGGUGCGCAUGGAUGCAUGCAUGUGUUAAUGUGUUCCUUUUAAUGUACCAGUAUCCUAACAGUGAUUUAAUUUAAGCACCUAUUUCUCCUUGAUUUUAGACGAUAUGGAUUCAGCAAGCAGACAAAACAGGACAAGGUGAGCUUAAUUGAAAUCGCAUCAAGUUACACAAAUCUCUUUCAUCCCUGACAUGUGAAGUUAAUUGUAGAAUUAUAUGAAUUCAAAGCCUAUAACUACAACCUUCUACAGAAAGAUAAAUACAGGGACAGUAGGUUGAUCAUUACAUCCAUUAUUACAGGGAUGGAGACUGGUGGAUCAUAGUUGUUCUGUGAGCUGCAGUAGAAAGUGAAACCUUCAUAAUGAAAGACGGUAUCCCCCUGUUCCUUACAGACAGAGGAGCGGAAAGCCUCGUUGACCCCGGGCUCUCAGGCCACACCCCCAGGGAUGACAGAUGUGUCGCAGGAGGAGGAGGACCUGCAGGAAGCGGAGGAGGUGAGGUCACAUCCCACGUGUAUCUCUCUAAACCCAACCGUAGCCACAUGUCCAUUGUCCAAUACUUCAUGAAUGCAUCCCUCUGUAUGAUGAUGUCCUGUCAUAUUUCCUCUCAGCUGCGCAUCAAAACACUGAUGACCAGCAUGGCUGCCAUGGCGACUGAGGAGGUAGGCAGGACUUUAGUUAUUUUCUUUGCCUGCGCCUUUACGGUGUGGUUAAUUUGUGUAAAAGGUUUUUUAUUGAAUGUGCGACAUCUAUAUAUGGUGCCUUGCAAAAGUAUUCAUCCAUCUUGGCGUUUUUCCUAUUUUGUUGCAUUACAACCUGUAAUUUAAAUUGAUUUUUAUUUGUAUUUCAUGUAAUGGACAUACACAAAAUAGUCCAAAUUGGUGAAGUGAAUAUAUAUAUUUUUUUACAGAAAAGUGGUGCGUGCAUAAGUAUUCACCCCCUUUGCUAUGAAGCCCCUAAAUAAGAUCUGGUGCAACCAAUUACCUUCAGAAGUCACAUAAUUAGUUAAAUAAAGUCCACCUGUGUGCAAUCUAAGUGUCACAUGAUCUGUCAAAUGAUCUCAGUAUGUAAACACCUGUUCUGAAAGGCCCCAGAGUCUGCAACACCACUAAGCAAGGGGCACCAUGAAGACCAAGGAGCUCUCCAAACAGGUCAGGGACAAAGUUGUGGAGAAGUACAGAUCAGGGUUGGUUUAUAAAAAAAAUAUCAAAAACCUUGAACAUCCCAUUAUAAAAAAAAUGGAAAUAAUAUGGCACCACAACAAACCAGCCAAGAGAGGGCCGCCCACCAAAACUCACGGACCAGGCAAGGAGGGCAUUAAUCAGAGAGGCAACAAAGAGACCAAAGAUAAUUCUGAAGGAGCUGCAAAUCUCUGCAGCGAGAUUGGAGUAUCUGUCCAUAGGACCACUAAGCUUUUUGGCCAUCAAGGAAAACGCUAUAUCUGGUGCAAACCCAACACCUCUCAUCACCCCGAGAACACCAUCCCCACAGUGAAGCAUGGUGGUGGCAGCAGCAUCAUGCUGUGGGGAUGUUUUUCAUCGACUGGGAAACUGGUCAGAAUUGAAGGAAUGAUGGAUGGCGCUAAAUACAGGGAAAUUCUUGAGGGAAACCUGUUUCAGUCUUCCAGAGAUUUGAGACUGGGGUGGAGGUUCACCUUCCAGCAGGACAAUGACCCUAAGCAUACUGCUAAAGCAACACUUGAGUGGUUUAAGGGGAAACAUUUAAAUGUCUUGGAAUGGCCUAGUCAAAGCCCAGACCUCAAUCCAAUUGACAAUCUGUGGUAUGACUUAAAGAUUACUGUACACCAGCGGAACCCAUCCAACUUGAAGGAGCUGGAGUGGUUUUGCCUUGAAGAAUGGGCAAAAAUCCCAAGGGCUAGAUGUGCCAAGCUUAUAGAGACGUACACCAAGAGACUUGCAGCUGUAAUUGCUGCAAAAGGUGGCUCUACAAAGUAUUGACUUUGGGGGGGUGAAUAGUUAUGCACACUCAAGUUCAGUUUUUUUUAAAUCAUUUCUUGUUUAUCAUUCUAUUUUGCAUCUUCAAAGUGGUAGGUAUGUUGUGUAAAUCAAAUGAUACAAACCCCCCAAAAAAUCUAUUUUAAUUCCAGGUUGUAAGGCAACAAAAUAGGAAGAAAUGCCAAGGGUGGUGAAUACAUUCGUAAGCCACUGUAUUGUGGUCAUGUGUGGCUCAGUCAGUAGAGCAUUGCGCUUGCAACGCCAAGGGUUUUGGGUUCAAUUCCCAAUAGGGCCACCCAUACUUUAAAAAAAAUAUUCACGCAUGACUAAGUCUCUUUGGAUAAAAGCGUCUGCUUUAUGCCAUAUGUUAUUAACUUGUGUUUGCCUGCAGGGGAGGCUAACAGCUAGCACUGUGGGCCAGAUAGUUGGGCUACAGUCUGAGGAGAUUAAACAGAUAGCAUCUGAGUACGCUGAGAAGGUAAGCGACUCCCACAUCAGGGCUCACCUAAAUGGUUAACUGCAAUCAACAGGUUUCUGUCAUAUUUUAAAGGAUAAGUCAAUGCCACAUUGUGUAGUUAAUUUGUUCCCACACGCAUUUCCAGCAGUCGGAGUUGUCUGCAGAGGAUCGUCCAGAGAGGUACGGGCCAGUCCAGCAGCACCGUAGGAUGGUGACCUCUCUGAACAAACAGAUCCAACAGAAAACCAAGCAAUUGGAGGAGGUGAGGACUGGACUCUGAACUUUACUGAACUUUGUGUGAAAUAGCCAUAUUUUUUUAAUGGAACGAUACAAUGCUCUUUCUUUUAAUGACAGAAGUAACUAAAAGUAUGUAUUUUGUAUUUUCAGCUACAAGCCAAGCGCUUGGAGGUAAAAUCAGGGUGUGAGCAGGCUAAGAGCAAACUGAUGGAGGCCACAGAGCAGGCAGAGAGACUGGAGAAAGAGCUGAGUACCCUGGAAGAGGCUGAGAGCCAGGCUGACACUGGGUGAGUGCUGCACAUGCAGACCAACCAUAGGGCAUUCAUUCAGCGGUUGAUAGUAUAGAUAAACCCUGAAAUUAUAAAUGUGUUUUGGACAUUUCUCAUCCUCCCUGUGUGUGCCACAGUCUCUUGGAUAAGCUGAGGGCUCUGGUAGGCAUGAAUGAGAACCUGAAGCACCAGGAGCAGGAGUUCCGGACACACUGUAGAGUGAGGCUGUACACUUUCCCCUAAUACGUCAUAAUAGUCCAUAUGACUUGUUAGACAUACUUCGUAGAUGUAUUUGUGAUGUAUUUCACUCAUUUCCUAGUAAGAGCACCACAACUAAUAUGGAGUGCUAUUUGUUUCCAGGAGGAGAUGGUUCGCCUGCAGCAGAACAUUGAGGACCUGAAGAUGGAGUCAGGAGAUGAUACGGAGGACGAGAAGGUAGCACACUGGCCCUGCGAGGAGCCCUCCCAAGACCAGCUAACUCUCCUUCGUCUAUGUGUAACACUCUCUCUUUCUCUCUCUCUCUCACAGGAGAGGAGUCAGCUAAUAGACAAGCAGUACAACAUAGACAGAGAGAAGCUACAGAAAAUCAGACUACUGAUGGUAAAAUCUCCAACGCACACUGCUGUAGCAGGAUUCAGUCAUGCUUAUUCAGUUUGAAUUGACUUAGGCAUUUUGUUUGGAGCAUGCAAAUAGUGGUCCUCUUACCACGUCCAUUAUUUGCUCAUGACCUGAGGUCUACUCUCUGAUAGGCUCGUAGGAACCGUGAGAUCGCCAUCCUGCAGAGGAAGAUGGACGAGGUGCCGAGCAGGGCAGAACUGACCCAGUAUCAGAAGAGGUUCAUUGAGCUCUAUGGCCAAGGUGGGUGUCUUAGGCUCAUCCUCUGUUCUGGGCACAGUGUUUGUUUAACAAAUUCUUGCAUCAAACAUAGUUAUACACUGAGUGUACAAAACAUUAGGAUCACCUUCCUAAUAUUGAGUUGCACCCCCUUUUGCCCUCAAAACAGUUUCAGUUCGUUGUGGCAUGGACUCUACAAGGUGUCUAAAGCGUUCCACAGGGAUACUGGCCCAUGUUGACUCUAAUGCUUCCCACAGUUGUGUCAAGUUGACUGGAUGUCUUUUGGGUGGUGGACCAUUCUUGAUACACACGGGAAACUGUUGAGCAUGAAAAACCCAGCAGCGUUGCAGUUCUUGACACACUCAAACCGGUGUGCCUGGCACCUACUACCAUACCCUGUUCAAAUGCACUUAAAUAUUUUGUCUUGCCCAUUCAUCCUCUGAAUGGCACACAUACACAAUCCACGUCUCAAUUGUCUCAAGGCUUAAAAAAAUAAUUAUUUAACCUGUCUCCUCCCCUUCAUCUACACUGAUUUGAAGUGGAUUUAACAGGUGACAUCAAUAAGGGAUCAUAGCUUUCACCUGGAUUCACCUGGUCAGUCUGUCAUGUUUUGUACACUCAGUGUAUAUUUUUUGUGUUUCAAGUUUAUUUGUCCAGGAUACACAUGGUAUACACAGUCCAACGAAAUGCUUACUUGCAAGUUCCCGCUCGUUAGUGUGACAACAAUAAGAAAUAAUAAAAGAUAAGAAUAACAAAUUCAAAGUAAAUGAGCUCAGUAGAAUAGAAUACCAUUUUUGCAUAAGUAUAAAUAUAGGAAGGCACUCAACAAUUUACAGUACAAAAUAUUUACACGUGUCUGGGAAGGGGGAUUGGAGGGCAAGUGUUUAAAUUGUGCAGUAUUUAGCAAUAAUAAGUCUAGUAGCAGCAGUCGUGAUGUGUAUGUACCAUGAUUGUAUAUGUGUGGUUGCAUGUGUGCUAAGGUGUGGAGAAUCAGUCCAGGUGGUCAGUCCAGUUCAAGUGUUCAGCAGUCUGAUGGCUUGUGGAUAGAAACUGUCUCUGAGCAUGUUGGUUUGAGACCCGAUACCGUCUGCCCUGCGGUAAGGGAGUGAACAGUCCGUAGCUCGGGUGUGUGGGGUCCUUAAUGAAGCUGUGUUAAUAAUGUUCUUAAUGAUGCUGUGUUAAUGUUUGCUUUUUCGUCCUCUAGUUUCAGCAACACAUAAAGAGACCAAGCAGUUCUUCACCUUGUAUAACACAUUAGAUGACAAGAAGGUUUACCUGGAGAAGGAGGUAAGAGGAGAGGGCAUACUAUCUCAAUCCGUUUCAUAGAGCCAUUGCAGCUGAAAUCAGCUGGUUUACUCAUGAUAGUCAUCCUCCUCUGUCUUGAUCUGUUUCUUUAGGUGAACUUGCUGAAUUCCAUCCAUGACAACUUCCAACAGUGAGUAUUGUCACAAUUAACCCUCUCUAAACCUAUCCUGCGUUUGGUAUUAUGGGUAAUGGAGUCCAGCAGAUUUACUUCCUGUCUAAGCUGUGGUUUCCUGUCUUGCUCAGGGCGAUGGCAUCUUCGGGGGCCAAGGAGCAGUUCUUGAGACAGAUGGAGCAGAUAGUCGAGGGAAUCAAACAAAGCCGCAUCAAGGUAACCAUCUCUUAUUAUCUUUAAUGUCUACUGCCUAAUGACAGCAUUCACUGAGCAUGCCAGGUGCUCACCCCCUGGCCCUAGUGAAAAACCUAAAUUAGACAGUGAUGUGUAAAAAAAAUGAAGCAGCGCAUAUUGGUAAUGUGAUGUGUGUACAGAUGGAGAAGAAGAAGCAGGAGAACAAGAUGAGGAGAGACCAGCUGAACGAUGAGUACCUGGAGCUGCUGGAUAAACAGAGGCUCUACUUCAAAACUGUCAAGGACUUCAAAGAGGUGAGGCCUGAGAGUAAACAGUGUUCUGGGUCUGUACAGUAAAACAUAAAGGAACUAGUUAACUGUUUUAUGAAUAUGUUCUACUGUAGUCUCCCAGAGCUGAAUAUUGUUUUCUAAACUGAUAAAGAAGUGAAUCACUGAGGUUGUUUUACUGAUCCAAUACUCUUUCUUACAGGAGUGUCGGAAGAAUGAGAUGCUGCUAUCCAAGCUGCGAACCAAGGGUGCUUCGUAACCCAAAACACUGCCUCCAAAAUAAUUUCUUACUGUUUAUAAAAACUCAUCUCAAAACAAAUCUCAUCAGUCAACGACUUUGUCUUGCUGUCUGCAUUAUGUAUUCUCCUCUAUUGGAGGUCAUCUUCAUUGUACUAACU